UGUGCGUUUGCUUUUUGGCAUGAAAUAAAAUUGUCGCUGCUCCGUGUGACCCGUUUUUUUCGCAGUGUAUGCCAGUGUUUUCCCGGAGAUCGUUGAUAUAUCACCACGCGAUCGAGUGCUUUGCUCAGCAGGCGAUUAAAAUUCGCGACUACUUCGUUACAUAAAGGGCAACGGAAAGCGGAGGAUUUCCAUAGAUUAAUUGCAAAACUGCUUGGACUAAUUUGCCUACAUUAUAGCCGGACAAAAUGAGUGUCGAAAGAGAUGACGAAUAUCUCAAGUUUGUGCCACACUCAAAGUCCUUUCAAGUGGUCCCGGGAUCGGAGUUUCAGUGCAAGAAGGCCAGCUAUAGCUCCCGGAAACUUUCCACCAUCGACGAGCAGGACGACGAUGUGGCCAACCGGCGGGGUAUGAUGCACCAGAUUGUAGCUACCUGUGCGGUACUCUUACUUUCCGCUGGAUGUGGCAUGCCCAUUGGCUUUUCGGCCAUCCUGCUGCCACAGCUGACGGACAACAACUCCACCGAGAUACCCAUUGAUUUGGAAACGGGCUCCUGGAUAGCCAGUGUCCAUAGCUUGGCCACCCCAUUUGGAUCCCUGCUGUCGGGACCUCUGGCGGAUUACAUCGGUCGCCGCAAGACCCUGAUCCUCUCAGUGAUUCCCCUCCUUCUGGGCUGGAGCACUCUGGCGAUCGCCAAAAGCAUCAAGGUGGUGAUCUUCGCCCGCUUCCUGUGCGGAUUCGCCACCGGAAUUCUGGGUGGACCCGGACAGGUGUACAUUGCUGAAACGGCGGAACCCAAUCUGAGGAGUCUGCUGAUCGGAGCUCCAUAUGUCGCCUACUCGUGCGGCAUCCUGCUGGUCUACUCCCUGGGCUCCAUGAUGUACUGGCGGAGUGUGGCGUGGUGCGCCAACGUCCUGCCCCUGCUGGCCAUGCUGUCCAUCUCGUUUAUACCGGAGACUCCGGCCUGGCUCCUCCGCAAUGGCCAUGAGAAGCGUGCCCUGCAGGCGCUCUCGUUCCUGCGAGGCAGCGAGAUCAGUGCCCAAAAGGAGCUGAAUGACAUGAAGCAGCGGUUGGCCAAGGAGCGGGUGACCACCAGGACGAACGAGAACAUCUUCCAGCUGUGCUGCCAGCGGGUGGCCAUCAAGCCACUGGUCAUCGUGAUCGCGUUCUCCCUGCUGCAGAUGUUCUCCGGCACCUUCAUCGUGAUCUUCUACGCCGUGGACAUGAUCUCCGAGUUCGGAGCGGAGUUCGACGCCAAGCAGGCGGCGAUUGCUACGGCGGUUGUCCGGGUGAUCUGCUGCAUGGUGUUCUGCGUGAUCCUGAUCUUCGUUCGGCGCCGCAUGAUCAUGAUGGUGUCGGGAAUCGGUUCCGGCCUGUUCUGCCUGGUGCUGAGUGGCUAUCAGUAUGCCAGAUUCGAUCAGCCCAAAAUGUCGUACGACGUUUUCGUGGGUGCUGGAUGUCUCCUGGGCUACAUCAUCUUCAACACAGCCCUGAUGGUGAUGCCCGGUAUCAUGAUCGGCGAGCUGUUCCCGGCCAGGAUACGCGGAAGGACAGCCGGCGGUGUGUUUGCCUCCAUGAAUGUGGCCCUGUUCAUCUUCGCAAAGAAGUUUCCCGCCCUGCAGGCCAUGCUCAAGAUGCGUGGAGUGUUUCUGGUCUUCGGUGUGUCCAGUUUCCUGCUCACUGCCUUCAUGUGCCUGUUCCAGCCGGAGACGAAGGGUCGCAGCCUGGAGCAUAUCGAGGACUACUUCAACGGGGACAACUGGCUCUGGUUCCGACGGGAUCGAGGCUACAAGACCGUCAACUUGCAGCCUCUGGAGCCACUGAAGGACACCCGGGGGUUGGAGGCCUAAGUCGGGGGGCUUUAGUCUUAAAACAGGUCUUAGCUUAGCUAGUUUUAGUCAUACUCAUAGUUCUAGCCACAGUGCCUCGUAGUCGCCCUAGACUCUCUCGAUUUUCCAGUGUCUCCCGAUUGGGAAACUCCGACAGGGAAUCUUCAAAUGUUAAGUUACCAAUUCAAAUUGUGAUCGCUAUGCUUUAAAUUGUAUCUAAUUGUUAAUUAAAAUUAUGAUUAGAAAUAAACAACUACAAAAAUUA